ACGGUUGCCUGGUGUCAUUAGCAAGAGGCAAGCAUGGCGGUAGCGCGAGCCGACGGGGCUCUGGCUCCGGGAGAAGGAUCAGUGGUGAACUGGUCAGGGCAGGGACUACAGAAAUUAGGGCCCAACAUGCCCUUUGACCCUAAUGUCCACACAUUGAUUCUGGAUAAAAAUCAGAUUAUUAAACUGGAAAAUCUAGAGAAAUGCAAACAGUUAAUACAGUUGUCAGUAGCUAAUAAUCGGCUGGUUCGGAUGAUGGGCGUGGCCAAACUGACUCAACUUCGGGUAUUAAAUUUACCUCAUAAUAGUAUUGGCUGCAUGGAAGGGCUGAAGGACCUAGUCCAUUUGGAAUGGCUGAAUUUAGCAGGAAAUAAUCUGAAGACCAUGGAGCAAAUCAACAGCUGCACAGCUCUACAGCACCUUGACCUGUCAGACAAUAACAUAUCCCAGAUAGGUGAUCUGUCAAAGCUGAUGUCUUUGAAGACCCUGCUUUUACAUGGGAACAUCAUCACCUCUCUUAGAAUGGCACCUGCGUAUCUACCCAGAAGUCUUUCUAUAUUGUCUCUGGCAGAAAAUGAAAUCCGAGACUUAAAUGAGAUCUCGUUUUUGGCCUCUUUAAGUGAAUUGGAGCAGUUGUCAAUCAUGAACAAUCCUUGUGUGAUGGCAACACCGUCCAUUCCAGGGUUUGACUAUCGGCCGUACAUCGUCAGCUGGUGCUUAAAUCUCAGAGUACUAGAUGGAUACGUGAUUUCUCAGAAGGAAAGUUUGAAAGCUGAAUGGCUCUACAGUCAAGGCAAGGGGCGAGCAUAUCGGCCUGGCCAGCACAUCCAGCUUGCGCAGUACCUGGCUACUGUCUGUUCUCUUACUUCUGCACUGGGUCUUCAAACUGCAGAGGAUGCCAAACUAGAGAAGAUUCUGAGUAAACAGAGGUUUCACCAGAGGCAGUUGAUGAACCAAAGCCAAAGUGAAGAGUUGUCUCCUCUUGCUCCUGUUGAAACAAGGGUACCCCUUACACCUGAGCGCUCCAGCCCUGUUCAAGACUUCCAGGAAAGCGAACCUGUUCUCCAAAUCAAUUCUUGGGUUGGGAUAAGCAGUAAUGAUGAUCAGUUAUAUGCUGUGAAGAAUAACUUCCCAGCGUCGGCACACCCUACAAGAUAUGCUCGGAAUGACCUUCACCUGGAAGACAUACAGACAGAUGAGGACAAACUAAACUGUAGUCUGCUCUCUUCAGAGUCCACUUUUAUGCCAGUUGCAUCAGGGCUGUCUCCAGUGUCACCCACUGUUGAGCUGAGGCUGCAGGGCAUCAACUUGGGUCUAGAAGAUGAUGAUGAUUUUGCAGAUGAAUCCAUGAAAAGGCUGGAAAACCAGGACAAGGAAAAGCCUUUAUGGGAUACAAAUGAGAGUUCUGUUCAAAUGCUGAAAAGUAAGAUGAGUAAGGAAGUAGAUGAGAAUUCUGGGCUGUUGAAGGAGGAUAAGCAUGGUCUUACAUCUUUCCCGGAGGCAGUUGAACAUAGUGUGUCCCGCAUAGACCCAAACGGUGAAGAAACCAUGUCUCCUACCACUUCAGAGAAAUCUCCCUGCAGGGUUUUUACCCAGAGAUCUGCUGCUUUGGGACAAGAUAAAGUCACUCUUCAGAAACGGAAUGCAGCUGCCACUAAGCUUCAGGCCUGUUGGCGGGGCUUUUAUACCAGGAACUACAAUCCACAAGCCAAAGGGGUACGCUAUGAAAUCCGGCUGCGUAGAAUGCAGGAGCACAUUGUCUGCCUGACAGAUGAAGUAAGGAGAUUAAGAAAAGAAAGAGAUGAAGAACGUGUAAAAACUUUUGUACAAGAAGAGGCUGUCAGAUUCCUUUGGAAUGAGGUAAGAUCUCUACAAGCUUGGCAGCAGACAGUGGAGCAGCGUCUGAUUUCCUGGCAUACUGAUGUGCCUCCUAUAUCAAGUACUCUGGUGUCACCUAAACCUCCAUUAUUUCCACAACGUCAAGGCCCCUCUUCUGAUCAGAGUUCUGAUUGGUUCAUUGCUGAGGAUGAAGCUCCUCAAGAGAAAUCUCUUCCGGAAUUUCCAGACUCUGGUUUUCAUUCCUCCCUAACAGAUCAAGUUCGAUGUUUGAAGGAUUCUUUGGAUUUUGAAAAAAGUUCCAUAGAAAGCAGCGAAAGCUCCAUGUUGGGGAAUUCCAUGGACACAGUGAAACACGGCAGAGACCCCAGCUCAGAGGCCAUGAUUGAGGAGCAUGGUUGCUGUAGUAAGGAAAGCUCCAACAGUGAGCAGGAUAACACGCUGCUCGAACAGUAUUUAACUUCAGUCCAGCAGCUAGAUGACGCCGAACAGAGGACAGACUCUGACGAGGUGGCAGGAGACAGUAUGUGCCAGGUAGCCUGUUCUCAGGACCAUGUGGCAGGAGACAGUAUGUGCCAGGUAGCCUGUUCUCAGGACCAUGUGGCAGGAGAUAGUACGUGCCACGUAGCCUGUUCUCAGGACGAUAUGGCGGGAGACAGUAUGUACCAGGUAGCCUGUUCUCAGGACCAUGUGGCAGGAGAUAGUACGUGCCACGUAGCCUGUUCUCAGGACGAUGUGGCAGGAGACAGUAUGUACCACGUAGCCUGUUCUCAGGACGAUGUGGCAGGAGAUAGUACGUGCCACGUAGCCUGUUCUCAGGACGAUGUGGCAGGAGAUAGUACGUGCCACGUAGCCUGUUCUCAGGACGAUGUGGCAGGAGACAGUAUGUACCACGUAGCCUGUUCUCAGGACGAUGUGGCAGGAGACAGUAUGUACCAGGUAGACUGUUCUCCGGAAAGCUUAGAUGCCUCAUCUCAUAGUGAGGCUCACAGAGUAUCUCCCAUUUUACAGGAUGGGAUUAGCCAGACACCAGAGAAAUGUGAGUUAAGUGCAGACGUUCAAGGGCAGUCCCCGGAAUGUGAUGCUACAUUUCAGGUGUUGCAUGUGGGUGUCAUUGUGUAGCAGUGACAGAAACUCACUUGGAUUUCUUAAUGUUUUCAGUUGUUUCUUUUCUUUUGCAAAGGAGCAAUCCUUCCCCCAUUUUGUUAUUGUUUAUAUGAAACUUGUAUUCUUGCCCCCAUAUUUUUCAGAUUUGAGAUAUUGAGCUAAGUCUUCGUUUUGAUUGUACUAAUGUACUAAAAAUAUUGAUAUUAAAAGGCAUAUGCACUUUAUUUCUUAAUAAU